AGCGAGGAACCCUCUUCCCCCGCGGGCACUGUAGGGUACCUAGUCUGAUCCAACAGCUAAGAGCGAGCGGACAUUUGAGACAUGCUCCCGGAGGUAGGCUCCCUGCUGACCGCCCUCUGGUCCGUGCUCCAUCUCCGGACCCUCCUGCUGGGCGCUGUCGUCUUCCUGUUUUUUGCUGACUUCCUCAAAAGGCGGCACCCUAAGAACUACCCGCCAGGGCCCUGGCCCCUGCCCUUCCUGGGCCACCUGUUGCAUUUGGACUUUGAGCAGGCGCACCUGAAACUUCAGAAGUACGUGAAGAAAUAUGGGGACGUUAUGAACCUGCAGAUUGGUGACAUGUCUUUUGUUGUUGUAAGCGGAUUGCCCUUAAUCAAAGAAGUCCUUUUCCACAUGGAACAAAACUUUAUGAACCGGCCCAUGAUCCCUAUUCGAGAACAUGUCUUUAAGAAAGGGGGUGUGAUAAUGUCCAAUGGCCAGGAAUGGAAGGAGCAAAGAAGGUUCACCCUGAUGACACUCAGGAACUUUGGUUUAGGAAAGAAGAGCCUAGAGGAGCGCAUUCAGGAGGAGGCCCACUACCUCGCUGAGGCAAUGAAGGAGGAGAAUGGACUGUCUUUUGAUCCUCACUUUAAGAUCAACAAAGCAGUUUCCAAUAUAAUUUGCUCCAUUACCUUUGGGGAGCGCUUUGAGUACCAGGAUGGUCAGUUUCAGGAGCUGCUGAAGUUACUGGAUGAAGUCGUAUGUCUGGAGGUUUCAUUUCUAUGCCAGCUCUACAAUAUCUUCCCACAAAUAAUGAGAUUCCUUCCUGGACCCCACCAAACUCUCUUCAGAUACUGGGAAAAACUGAAAUCGUUUGUUGCUCAUGUGAUUGAAAAACAUAAGAGAGACUGGAAUCCUGAGGAAACAAGAGACUUUAUUGAUGCUUACCUCAAGGAAAUGGCAAAGCAUAAGAGCAAUGCUACUUCAAGUUUUGAUGAAGAAAAUCUCAUCUGCACCACCCUGGACCUCUUCUUUGCUGGAACAGAGACAACUUCUACAACAUUGCGCUGGGGUCUUCUUUACCUGGCCGUGUACCCCGAAAUCCAAGAGAAAGUGCAGGCUGAGAUUGACAGAGUGCUUGGCCAGUGGCAACAGCCAAGCAUGGCCGUCCGAGAGUCCAUGCCCUAUACCAACGCCUUCAUCCAUGAGGUGCAGAGAAUGGGCAACAUCCUCCCCCUGAAUGUUGCAAGGGAAGUGACAGUCGAUACCACUUUGGCUGGAUACCACCUUCCCAAGGGAACCAUGAUCCUGACCAAUCUGACUGCACUGCACAGGGACCCCACAGAGUGGGCCACCCCUGACAUCUUCAAUCCAGAGCAUUUUUUGGAGAAUGGGCAAUUCAAGAAAAAGGAAGCCUUUCUGCCUUUCUCACUAGGAAAGCGGGCCUGCCUUGGAGAACAGUUGGCCAAGACUGAGCUGUUUAUUUUCUUCACUUCUCUUCUGCAAAAGUUUACCUUCAAACCCCCAAACAAUGAAAAGCUCAGCCUGAAGUUCAGAACAGGCGUUACCCUUGCCCCUGUCAGCCACCGCCUCUGUGCUGUUCCUCGGGUGUGAUGUUGGGGAAAAGUGGGAGAAAGAAAAUCAAGAAGAAUUAGCAUGUGCUCUGAAACUACCAGUGCCUGCUAAGAUGUGAGGGGACAGAAUGAAAAUGACUCUGAGAAAAAUAUCAGGGUAAACAAAUUCAGAGGGACCUGGACUCAAAUCCCGACUUGGCAAUAACCUUCAAAUUAGCUAGCCUUAGGAAAAUCAUUUAUGGGCUAAAUGAUUUACCUUUUCAUCUGGGAGAUGAAAUGAACAUAAUGAUUUCUUCCCUAAAGAAAAUUCUUUUAAGAUAAAAGGAAAUAGUGGACUAUACGUGGUGUGUAAACCAUAAAGUUCAUCCUAAAAAUUAGAGUUGAAAGUUAUCUUCCUUCUUUCUUUAAAUAACUAUUUGUUUUA